AUGGUGUCCGUGGGUUUUUUGAAAUCGAUGUUUAACGUUUCAGGCAUGGUAGCCGAUUUGAAGUCUUCAAACUUCAGUAUUUACGGUCAAUGGAUUUCAUACUUGAAUAUAAUUUUCUGUCUUGCGUUUGGUAUUGCCAAUAUCUUCCAUUUCAGUGCAGUCAUUGUAUUUUCUAUCAUUGCAAUUGUUCAAGGUUUGAUAAUAUUGUUCAUUGAAGUACCAUUUUUAUUGAAGAUUUGUCCGUUAAGCGAUAACUUCAUUGGGUUUGUCAGUAAAUUCGACACCAAUUUAAGACGUGCCUUGUUCUAUUUGGUUAUGUGUGCUAUUCAAUGGUGUUCUAUUAUCGUUCAAAGUACUAGUUUAAUCGUUGUGGCGGUCGGUCUCAGUAUUACAGCUACAGUGUACGCACUUGGUGCUGCUGCUGGUCAAGAAUUCAAGAAUAGUGCUAUUCUAAGUGACCGGGGUAGAGUUGCUGCAUCAGUGACAAACGAAGCGGUUGUUAGAGACAUGCUUUGA